CAGAAGGCUCAAUGAGCUGACACCUCGACAAACGGCGGCGCUAUUAAAGUUGUUAUAUUGACGGAGGUAACACCCAUUGGUGAUAAUCAGAGGAACCACCAGAACUGGCGCGAUUUCACGAUGCAACUCCCCCUUAGCGAGGAUAAUGUCCUCAUCGAGUUUAACCGCCGCCACCAAAGCGGCAAAAUUUUCUACGAUAAUGACCCCCAGAUUCGACUCAUCACCAUAGAUGGCUUCAAGUUCGAGUUCGCCAUAACGGAGGCCAUCAGCAAGAAACCCUACAUCAAAGACAACAAGGACGAGCCCCCUCAGACAGCGGACCCACUCAUUCCCCGGCCGACCGGUUUCGCCCCGGGAAGCGACAUCAAUGUGUCCGGGUACGAGGUGACCGACAUCAACGGCACGCACCAGCUCGCCUUCAACAAGUUCUGCAUGUACUGCCCGCACCUGCUCCUCCUGACUAACGACGGGUACAAACGGCAGUACGAGCACCUCGACGUCGCCGACUUCGCUGCGGGGUGCAGCACCCUCGAGAGCUUGGGUUGGAAUUACUUCAUGUUCUUCAAUUGCGGCAAGGAUGGCGGAUGCAGUAGAUUGCACAAGCACAUCCAGCUGGCGCCGUAUCAGAAGGGACGAUUGGCGCCGUGGCCGGCGAGGGCGGGGGACGUGCAGGCGAAAGUGCCGUAUGAGUUCAUUCUGAGGAGGUUUGAGCAUCAGACGGGGCCGGAGCAGGUCGUGGAGGUGUACGAGCAGAUGGUGGUGAAGGCGCGGGAGAUGCUGGGUGUGAGUGAUGAUUCGUCGUUGUCCGAGCACGUUCCGCAUAAUCUUGUGAUGGGCAAGAAUUGGAUGCUGUUGAUUCCGAGGCGGAAAGCGGGAUGCGGAGGGGCAUAUGCGAAUGCGCUGGGCAUGUUGGGCAUGGUCUCUGUGGCGAAUUCGGAGGAGUUGAGAUGCUGGAAGGCGCAGGGUCCGUGGCAAGUGCUAGAAGAAUUGGGCUUGCCGCGGUCACAUGAAUAGAUGGGCUAGCCUGUGAGAUUAUGAGCAACUGUAUUCACGAUGACAAAGAAAUAGAGGGCGUUGGGCGUAAACAGUCGAGACUUGCAAAUAAAAUGUAAACAAC